CGCAGGGUGGACAGGCCAAACAGUGAGUUGCACACGACGGCAGCUGACAUGGGAUCACUCGUCCGCUCCCUGCUGUUUCUGUUGGCGGCCGCGUGUGGCGCCACCGCAGACUGGAUACUACACACCCCAGGUGGCGGGCCAAUCGACAGCAGCUGCCCCUGCGUGCCGUCGGCUUCCUGCCCACGCCGCUUCGGCGAAUCUGCACAAGAUUUUCAGGUGUUCGGCCACCUGCCAACUUGCGCGGACUACCGACUGGUGCGCUGCUGCGGUGUCUCCUUCAGUGUGGUGACCAGCGCCAGCAGGGUGCCAAACCAACCUGGACACUCGAUUCGACCUGUUUCGCCCGGCGUAGAGACACGUGGGUUUAACAAUGCGCCGUUAAGAUCAUGGGAAUAUCAGACACCGUGGAACACGAACAGACAGUCAGUUCAGUCUUGGCGGCCAGAGUCACAACAGCCACCAUAUCCUCCCGCUAUUGCUAUACAUCCGUACGAGACGGAUUUCAAGUUGAUACAAAGUGGAGCUGUGCUUGCGGAUGUCACAAGCUCGACCAGUAGUAACAACGAAAAUGCAGCAGCUGGUUCUAUCGAUUUUGAAUCUAAACGUUUACACAGCCUAGAAGAAAAAUUAUUUUUUCGCCCUGUAAUCUCAUCUUCAGAAGAUCUCGACGAUAGAACUAUAGAUGGAGGUAAUUUAAGACAGUUUACUCUGGGUGAAGGUAACAGCGAGUCUGGAACGAUUAGUUCUGUCGACAAAGAAUCGGAUCGUUUACAUAACCUAAAAGAACAAUUGUUUCUUCUCCCUGGUAUCGAACCUUCUGAGGACAUUGGUAACAAAGUCGUAGAUGGAGGUGGUUCAGAACAAUUCGUAUUAUCUGAAGGCAGUGUCACUGUCCAGCCACAAGCAACCUCUGACACAUCGACUACACCAGUAGCAACAACUGAAAGUGGAUUUGUAAGUGUCGAGAAGACGACGCCGAUUGAAAAUGUAACUACCACAGGGGUGCCUUUUACGGUAGAAGCAGAUAUUCAUCAGCUGCAGUCAGUGCAUACCUCAUCUGGCGAGGAUCCCAUAGAAGCAACAACCGCUCCGGUAGAUGAAACAACAGAAGUAGAAAGCCACCGAGGAAUAUUACCCGAAACAGUUAAUGAACAGUCGUUGCAAAUGACAAAUGGCAGCUUGGAUGUAAAAGAUCCUGGCUCUAUCGACACUGCAAAUGUUGCCAGUUUUGACAACGAAACUGAAACCGGCUUACGUGAUAUCAAUAAGUCAUUAACAGAAAUUUCAUCAAUUUUAUCAACAGAAAUCAAAGAUUUGGACAGAGGGAAUAACGUUCCCAGUAAACAGUCUUCAGAAAAAGUAUUUGGCAACGAAGGCGAUGAAGCACAGGAGAGAGAGAAUGAACAAUUAUUUCUGACAACUAAUACUACAGCCACUGACGCAUCGCGGGUGCAAACUGGCAACAUCCAGAAUGAUGUACUAAAGACCGCUGCAGAACCUUCCGCUGAAGAUUCUGGCAAAACUAAUCUUCUUCCCACUGGUACUGAAGAGACACUCAGCAGCAAUAACAGUGCCUGUCAAGACCAAAUUUCUAAUUGCUCCAGUAAUCCUAUAGGAGAUACCAGUGACAUCAACACAUCACUAGACGCAGAAACAGCUGUACUAAAUAACACUUCUGAGGACACAGAAGUCUUGCAGGAAGACGACCAUGCCCUCUCUGACGACACAGUUUUCGAAGUUGACAAUGACUAUGAUGGCUCAGAGAUUGUUGAGUACUCAGAUUACGCUGACGGUCCAGAGCCUCGCAUGAUUCACAGUGAGGACAGUGGUUACGUUGAAACUGAAAUCGAUACUAGCAAAUCAACUACAGAUGGCUACCUCACUUCCAUCACUGAAACCACUGAUCCCAGUCUCCCUGGUACCACUGUAGAGGCGAAAGUGACAAGAGAACUAAGCUGCCAGGAGCUUCUAUCUGCGAUGAAGAGACAGAAAUUCUCCGAGGGAUUACUUACGCUGAAUGACGAAUCAGAAAUUGUCUCCACUACGUCGUUGCCUGAGGAGGAAAGCAGCACAAAACAAGCUGUAAUGUACGUUUACCCAGAAAACAGCCGCAGAGGUAGAAGGGGAGGUACUAGCACGGUAGAAUCGCCUGCUGUAACGAUAGUUUACCCUAUGAAUUCUCCGUGUGGAACGGCAUCUGGUGAACUGGCAGACUGGUUCACUAAUGCAGGCUACGAAGUGAACAACCGCCUGGAAGAUUUGGCAGCCGGUGAGACAGCCACAGAACAACUGGAAUCGACCACUGACAGCUGGACAGACAGUUUGCUAGGCGAUGAAUUACUCGCUGUUACCGGGGAAACUACAACCGCUGAAUGGCCAGGAGAUAAUUCUUUUGUAAUGCCGAGACAGGAUUUACCCCGUAAUAGGCUAAAAGACGAUAGCGUGGACAAAAGUGUUCAUCACGAUCGGACGAAGCUUUUUGAUCAGAAAGGAUCACUUUUGUCUGAUGAUAUCGGAUGGAACCAAGUGCCUGCGAAAAAGGUGCAGCACUUGGUGCCCGAAACAAACAGUACAGUGAUGUCCUUGAGUUCUGUCAGUGAGUUUCAGCAAAUGGCACAUAAUCCAAAUAAUGUCUUACAAGACAGCCGCCAACUAUUGGCACAGAAUAACAAGAUGCAUGCGCAAUCUGCAGAAGAGACAAUUCGACCACCGUCGUCAUCGUCUCCGACUCUGCGCCGCCCACCGACGUUGCAGCAACUCUUCACGCGCAGAGGUCGUCCCGUACCAAAUGCGGAGAGACUGCACGUUGAAACAGAUGCUGUCAAUGGGAGUGUGGCUGAGACGGGAGAAAACUCCCUCUCUAGAGUCCAGGAGAAGACCAGUGACAGAUCAGUAAUGCCAGAGAAUCUGCUGGCCAAGCUCGAGGAAGGGGUCAAGGAGAAGGAGAUCCCCUAUAUUACUUUACACCCAUCCCUGAGAAAUCGUCUUGUUGACCUGCAACGCACGGACUCCCAUACAGUGAGACACAGUAGCACAGCCCAUGAGGAAGCACGGUCUAACGGCGGACCCUCUGAUAUGAUAAAUGCUGCGCGUAAUGGAACGGGACACACUACUCGUUUGACCGACACUCCUACUGGAGUAAUAGACACUGAGCUCUCUGUAUCGGCAGAACAGGAGACGCGCAAACACCGCAACAGAAUGGUGCUCAGAGAGCGUCCUAUUCGUCUUGAAAACUCCAGUCAUGGCAGCAGGAGAAGGCUGUCAGUAAAGCAGAGUGACGGCCCCGAAGGUAUCUCAAAUCAAAGUCGAUAUACGGAUGACCCCAUGAAGGUUGUUAUUCGCAAACUACGGACGAAACAAAUGGCGGGCCGGCUUUCGCUAACAGCCAAUUCUUCAGAUAACCCUCAUGACGCUGAGUUGUCGGAAACGAGGGUAGAAGUACCAAUGAGUGAAGCGGAGGAUGCGACUAAUAAAAUGAAUAUGCAAGUUGUGCCUAUUUCAAAUAGUGAAGCUGCCAGUGACAACAACCAAAUGUUACAUAGCAGACAGGAAAAGGUUGGGACGAGCCAACUUUCUGACAAACUACAGAAAGUGACAAUAAGGAAGCUACCUUCCACAAUGUUGACAUAUUCGUCGAAGAACCACACAUCACCUGUAGCCAAAUCAUCCACAGACAAGACGGAGACAAGAGAUUCUGGUAGCAACACGAGUAGAGACAGCAUCGUGAAGACGACAGAGGUUCUGACACACACGACCAGCUCAGAAGCAGCAGAGGCAGAAACACAUGUUGAGAAAAUACCAACGCAACAAGGAAGAUUACCUAUGACGAAUGCGAAGAAAGAAAAACGAAGGAGAACAAUAUUUAAGGCUGUUGAGGCAGGGUAUGGGAAACAGCAUAAAACUUUAAAUGCUGCUGAAUCGAUGGCAAACAAAACGAGUGAUAUUAAUCAGAAAGUGAAAGAAAAAACUCAGGCACUAAAUGGGACGGUAUCAAAUGUUGGCGUUAGCAAUGGCAUCGACACAAAGACAAUACUAGGCGAAUCUGCAACUUCAACAAAAUUCAGAAUCAGGUCAAGGAAACCACCACAACAGGGAAGUCGCGGUAUUACGACACGAAACAGGCUUCAACUCUCAAACAAUAGUAAUUCAGGCAUGAAAAUGAAUGUCACAGAACAGCUGGGUGACAAGUUAUUAGCUACAAAUCCUCAACUAGAUAUACAUACCGAAACGGCUCCUUCGAACGACGAACACACUGCGAAAGGAAUCCGACUAUUGGAAAAGGAGAUAUUUCAAGAAGAUUCUUCUCAAAUGUCAAGCAUACGGGAUCAGCGAGAUGUAUUCAAACCACCAAAACACAUGGAAGGUGGGUUUGUACCAAUGACAAACAUUGACAGGCGAGUGCGAGUGACACUUGAGUCUGAAGGACCGGCUAAAAUCAAGUUCCCUCUUCCAACAAAGAUUGCAGUAGGAGCAUUGCGGAAGCCACAAAAGACUGAGAAACAACAGAGCCAGAUCAUACAAACACCGUCAGUGUCCAAUCCUCGAAGACCAGAUGUACCACUAAGCAAACCUCAGAUAUCAUCAUCACUGCAGAGGCCAUCAUUACCACUCUUUGCAUCAAAUCAUAUCACUCACACUCCUCAGACACCAUCAACAUCACAGAGACCAAAGUUACCCAUCUCUACGUCGAACCAGAUCCCACAUGCUCGUCAGAAUCCAUCCGCACCACAGAGAUCAGCGUUACUGCUGUCUGUAUCAAAUCGAGUCCCACAGAGUCUUCAGAAACCAUCAACACCUCAGCGACCAAUGUUACCACUCUCUACGUCAAAUAAGAGCCCACAGAUUCUUCAGAAACCAUCAACACUACAGAGACCAACGCUACCGCCCUCUGUAUCAAAUCAAAUAUCACAGACUUCUCAGAAACUAUCAACACUGCACAGAACAACGUCACUGCUCUCCGCGACAAAUCAGAGCCCACAGACUCUACGUGUAACCAGACAUCCAGAGGUGAAUACCAGGGUAGUACAGUCAGCUGCAGUUCAACAACCAGGGACAGUGACAAACCAGUUUUCGCAUCAGACACACCAUCAUUUUGGAGACACAGGCGUGGGUGUAUCGGGAAAUAGCCUGCAUGGAGUACGUGGGCAUCCAGGCAGUAGUCAGUCUAGUCUGACAAACAUACUUGGCUCUCUUCAACAUAACCCAGCUUUCCCACAGAACCCAUAUAACGUGGACAUAAUUCAGCAGCAGGUGAUUCCUCCUAACACUAUACAUGAGCCUGGGUUUGUCCAUUCAGAAACUGGCCAGACAUUGCAUUUCAACAUUCUUCCAGUCCAUCGGCACAAUCCAGUGUUUCCAAAAGGCGUACAGAACACUCGCAUUAAUCAAUUCAGCCAUAGUUUUGAUGAAAUACCACUUAACUCUCACAAUCGACCCACCCAGCCAACAAAUGUACAUCCAAGCAACGACCAAAUAAGUCAUAUUACCACUCAAGCGUUUCUUCAACCCAGUAUAGGAUUUCCACCAAAUGUACAUCAUGCAGACACAGCACAGCAACAACUGAGUGUUGCUAACUUUCUGACAAACAGCCAUCCUCAGGCUGUGCACUUACUUAACGCACACUCGACUGUCUCACAGCCAGACGAUCUGAAUGUGCAAAAUCGAUUUCAGCAGCCACAGCAAAGCCAUAGAGUAUCACACAGUGAACCACAGUCAAUAGUAAACAAUGGGGAACCAACACUUGAAGAACUUGCAGCGUUAUUGCCAGAAGUGUUUUAUCAGCAGGUUCCACGCAGUCUUUCACCAUCCACUUCAGGUGACAAAGAAGGCAACCUUCAGCACCAAGCAGCUCCGACGAAACACGAGAUACAGGGAGGUGGCACCGAUGAGCACCAGAUGCAAGACGCGUCUAAUAGUUCACAAGUCUCGCUGAGAACUUCCAAACAAAAUUUGAAGGCCCAGGCUGCCACAGAUGACCUACGUCAGCAGUUCAGAGCAAUGAAAUUCAUCCAGGGACUCCUGAAACGUCACCAAAAAGAGCUGGCACAGUCUACACCACUCCCAUUACUCACCACCAGCAGUCCGGUUUCGAAUGAGACGAAACCGUUAGCGGGUAGGCUGGCAGGCAGGCCCAGUGAGCAGUCGCAUGACGUGGUCGACACUGAGCCGCAGCUGCUUCCCGACGUCAGCCCCAGCGCCUACCAGCAGCAGCUGCUGCUGUACCACAAGCAACAGCUCGCCUACCUCCAACACCUGCAUCAGCUGCUCUCAUCUACCAACACUGUUGGUGAGACGAGCUAAAUCUGUUGGUGUGUCAUCGAGCUUCGUCAGACCCCCAUCUUUCCAUUAGUCUCAUUCAUUAUUCCACGUGUAUAUAACACAUUAUAACUUUCCCUAAUCAUGAGUUCACCAGUGAUGAAGAAGCGCUAAAAUUUCAUCUUAUCCUCUACAAAAAAAUGAUUUAUUUUAAUUCUGUGCCACUCUUUAGUAAUUACAUUUACAGUGCUUGACGUUUAUCUGUAUCUCGCAUUCUUUUUUAAAUAAAUUAAGCCACAAGUUAAGAAACGAAAUAAAUUAUUGUAAUAAAGAAUAGUGUUUUCAAACCAGAUUUAAGUUUAUAUCUCUUAUAACGGAAAUGUGAACUACUUAAUGAUACAGCUUUCCUUUAAAAAUAGCGCUACAACUUCAUUAGUUUGUCAUGAGCUAAACGUAUUUACAACUGUAUUGUAUUUCUUGUUGUGAUUUAGUAUACUUCUUCAUUGAAAUACAUGUAAUGUGUUGAAACUGUGGUACGUGCUCUUAUUUUAUUGACUAUGCUGCAAUGAAAAUAAAAUAUCCUCUCCAAGAGGUUGGUUAUUGAGCUAAAAAUAAAAAAUUCGGAGUAUUAA